UAGGCACAGUCUGACAUGCCAGAGAAACGUCAUAGCUCAAGCACCUGGGACAAAUCUGGCAGGGGGGAUGGAUCUGACAGCACACAUUUGCAGCUAUAUUUUGCAGGCACUCUCCCUGUCCACAGCUAGUGCAGAGCAGACUAGAAUAACUUCCCCAGUUUAGUUCCCUUUAGCAACAUGAGGUGAGUGGUGGAGAGCUUUGAGGAGGGUUUUCUUUUCUUUCUUCCUUUUUUUCUUUUUUUACCUUUUUUUCUAUCUAGGAGGGGGGAGACAUAAUCAUUAUUUUUGCGGGGGGGGGAAGUACUCAAAGUUAGAGAGUUUCCCAUGGAGUUGUGAGAGAGCAAAAGAGCUCGGUGUCUUGGAGCAGAAGCACUUCCUUGCUAAAUCACUUCUAGUUACUUUGUGUAAAAUGCCCCACACUCGUCCCAGGAAUCCGAGUCCUAUCCCAGAGGUGACCUGGGACUCUGGGUUCAAGGAGAUGAAUGAGACCUGGAAGGGAGCUAUCGCCUGCCUUGGAGUGGCUGUCUUCUUUGUGAUGACCAUUGGGAUUAUUUAUUGGCAAGUGGUGGACCAGCCGAACAAGAACUGGAUCGUGAGAGGGAGCACCAGCGGUCUCAUCUGGGAGCGACGGUCCCACUCCCUUAUCCUGCAGACCCUGAGUGAGGAGAAAACUGUGGUGGAGAUUGAUGUGGGCAACUUUCCAGACAUGGAGCUGCCUUUUGUGAAGAACUUAUGCUGGCUUAACAAAACAGAGUUCUGCUACACCUGGGAUGACACAGCAGACCUGAAGAUUUCCUUUGAACCUGGUUUCUCUGUUGGCACGGAGUGCUACAGCAUCCGCUGGACACCUCUGCACUGCGAACUUACACUAAAGGAUUGCUUCUCAAUGACCAAUAUCUCCUGGUAUGGAGGAGCAAGUGUAAGUGCCCAGCGCUGGCCCCUGAACAACAUGAAUGCAAAAUCCCAGCCAUAUAUUAUCAGCAACCUCAACAAAAAUCCCAUUGGCUAUGGUCCUGUCCUGGAAAGAUACUUUUUGGGAUCAACAGGGGUAACAGUGACCAUUGCACCUGAUGUCCCUGUCUUCCUCUCAGUGGAGAGUAACAAACACUUCUGCCUGGAGAGCCCUUCCAGCAUAGACAUGAUUCCCUUGCAGUAUAUGGUGUGCAUCAGUCAAAACAUCACGUCUGCCCACCAGGAGGUGGGAAGCCAGCUCUCAGAACAGGAGAGGAGGCUUCCAAACACAGACAUACUAGGGUUACCAAUCUGGAAGUAUUAUGGAGCAGCAGAUUCUGCUGCCAAACUGGAGCGAGGUUUAAGGUCUUUCUUCAACAGACUGAAAAGGCACCAUCUUGGGGCGGGGCUAAUUGCCAUCAAUGAACAUUCCACAAUGAUACUUUCCAAUGCGGACCACACACACUUGCCUGGGACCAGCAGGAAGAUGCACAGUCCAAGACACUCCAGAGACCUCUCACUAAUUAAACCUCUGAAACUUUCUAUAACUCUGUCCCCUUACAUAAGCAUCAGCUCACAGCUGUUCCUGAUGUCUCUGCAAGAGGGGAAAGAAAACUACUGGUUGAGUCUCCACUCAGAAUUUGACAGCUAUUCGGCACCUCUGCUAACUACGUGGAAAGGGCAGUUUUCUGUCCGGCUGAAUGUCACCAGCAAUGCUGCAGUGAGCUGGUAUCUGGAGAGGGUGAGCCUUUUGCAGCAGAAACUGGGAGCAACAUAUGUGACCUUUGAAGGUGGGGAAGGGAACAUGUUUCUGGAGCAGGCAAUCCAUCCUCCCAGAGGACUAGAAGGGGAUAAAUACAUCUGCAUUUUAGCACUGAUGGCGUCUGCACUGGGGAACUCAACAAUCAUUAGUGCUGGCACAAGAUCUAAUCACCUGCCGCUCUUCGUUCAAAUGUCCUCACUUCAGUCGGACUGGAGUUAUGCUGGUCUGAAGAGCAUUAUUCCUUCUGUGCUUCACUACAGUCUCCUUGGCUACAACUUCUUCAUUCCAGAUGCAGUUGGAGGGACCCUUACCAAUGAGUUCCUGACAGAUGAAGAGCUCUAUAUUCGGUGGUUGCAGAUUGUGACCUUCCUUCCUGUGAUGUCCUUCAGCACUCCGCCAUGGGUCUGCUGUGAUGACUGGGUGCUGAAUCUCACUAGACAGUACAUACAGAGGCAUCAAGAGUUUGUUGUCCCACUCAUUUUAAAAUACAGCAAGGAGUGGCUAUCCAUGGGGUAUCCCAUCUUCCGGCCAGUGUGGUGGCUCAGCCCUAAUGACCCUAUCACCUUUACAGUAGAUGAUGAAUUUCUCAUUGGAGAUGAGGUACUGAUUGCCCCCAUAACUGAACAAGGGCAAGUCCAGAGGGACAUCUACCUGCCUGGGGAAGACCACCUGUGGAUGGACACCAACACUGCACAGGUGUUUGAUGGAGGAACUGUCAUCAGGAACUAUUCUGUUAAAAUUGCGGAAGUGCCUGUUUUUGUAAAGGUUUCUUCAAUGCCAGACUGUCCAAGGUUUCCAUCCUCCACAGGAGAAUGAUGCUGACAAGACUUGCUCUUUCUUUCUCAACAGACUGUUUCAUCCAUUUGCACUUUUCCAAGAACUCUUGUUUGGUUUUGAUUUGCUUUUGGGUUUUUUCAGUUGUGUUUAAAUCUUUUGUUGUCAUUUGCUACCAUUCUGAGAUAGCAAAAUAUGACAAGAUCUUUGGUGCAAAAUAUAGAUGCUUAUGCAUAUACAGCACAUCCAGUGAGAUCCUUCAGCUUCAGCUGACCUGAUCCUGUGUGCUAACUAUGAGGAAAGUCUUUGAUUAAAUAGCAGUGAAAGAGAGAGCCUCAGAGCCAUAAGGUAAUGGGAAUAGCAGACCACGGUGAUGUCUAUUGGAAAAAUCCUCUUACUUGGGGGAAAAAAAUCAGCGAAGCACAGAGCUAGGUAUGACAGAGAGCAUGACUGGCUUCUUUGGAAAGAAAUAGUCUGGGCUGCCUGCUUCUAGCUUCCUGAAGAAAAAAUAGGAUUGCAUCUUCACCUACCUUUGUAUAUCACAGUGUUUCAGUUGGGGAAAAUGGCAGCAUCCAUCUUUGGACCUUAUGUUGGCGUCUCAGUUUUUGACAAGGGAAUGUCAGAGUUUCAUUAGACAAAGCAUUCAACAAGAUGAGAGCAGGAGAAACCUGAUCUGUAGCAUGAGUGUAGGUUGCAAAUGUAAGGAGCCUUCUUCAUUUCAGAUGGAUAAUUAUUUUAGAAACUAACUUGUCUGCUGCCUUUUACUGCCACAUUCCCACCUCAAAGAACCUGCCUGUGCUUUUGGGAACAGCCCAAAACUGAUAAAAGGACCUUGCUCAUUUCCAAAAAUGAGUUAUCUGACUUUUAGAAGUAGUGAGCACCCUGCAGCAUUUAGAACCAGCAGAGCCAAGGAUUUUUUAGGGUGGCAGCCCAAAGGACAUUCAGACGGCUCUAAAGCCAAGAUAAUUUUCAGAGCUGUUUGUAGCUGUGCUAAGGAUAAGUUCUCAGUAGCUGAUAAAUACUGCAGAGACAGAACAUGCAUUUACAAGUAGUGUUAGCAUAGUCAGAAGGCAGAAAUAGCUUGUCAGGGACUUCAGAUGGCCUUACCAUGGGGCACAUCUCUAUAGGAAAGAGAAACGGUCAGAUCUUUAAUGCUAGAAGUGUAAGGAGCACAUCUUGGUUUUUUAUGUCUUCCAUUCUUAAUCCCCAGCUUCACUUAGGGCAAAUGUCUUUUCACCUGUGAUAAAUGGGCUGGAUCCCCACUCAGCAUAAAUUGGCACUGCCCUACCGGAGUCAGAGAAGAUAGGUUGAUUCAUACCACAGCCCAUUGUCUUCCUCUGCUUGUGCAACCCUUAUGGCAGACAACACUUGGUGUUUUCCUGACUUUUAUCAAGAGUACUGAGGCUGUCUUGGAACAUGAAAGGAUCACACAUGCAGCAUUAGAAGAGACCAGACAUGCUGAGAAAGGGACAAAUAGCCAGGUAUGCCACACACAGGGCACAAAGGGUUUCCCUGGUACAGCAUAGCAUGAACACCAGUUGUAGGAGAGAUGAGGCUGAGAAAAUGACUAGGAGUGAUACCAGUCAGUGCAGCUCUCGCAGUGUUGAAUGGCUACUGCCUUGACCUAGUAUCUAAUAAAAGUCUCCUCCAGCUAUUCACUGGCCUUGGUGCCUGACAUGAAAUGAACAGAACUGAUACUACAGGUUCAGCUCAGGUGUUCAUUUCAUGCUUCCUAUACUGAACUUGAUCUUGCUGCAGCUCCCACUAGCCCCCUUGGCCUUCUCAGUGUUUCUCUCCCUGCACCCUAAUUUCUGAGUUUAACAAACACAGGUCUCCUUGACUAAAGCAACCAACUAAUCCCAAAUUCAAAGGGUCUGAACUGGU